AUGUAUCGAGCAUCAUGGUAUGCGAUAAACGGUGGUACAAGGCCUGAAUCCUUUCACGUUCCUACUGACACUGCUCAAUCUGCAGUCGAAAAAUCGUUGGAUUCGACAAAUGAUGCGACACAGCCGCCUGUGGGCCACAUACUCGUGCUUUCCGACUUUACGGACCGCAAAGCCCUAUUUUUCUGGUUCCUUGAGGUUACCAAUAUGCUUUCGUUCGUGUUCUGGCUCAUUGUGGCCACCUAUAUGGCCGGGAUACAUCUUUCUUUCAACCCCAUGACUCCUUGGCACAUCGGUGAACCAGAAUUCAAUUUGUUCUCCCGUCAGAUAAUCGGCAAGAUUCUAGCGCGCGAAAAUAGUACGUCUCUGCAUGCGGCCAAAUACUCCAUGAAGCAGGUUUUCGUCGAUGUCUGGUUUGCGCUAAGUCUUAUGGUCGCUGUGGACGCCUCUGCUGUCGUUUUCACCUUUAAUCGCCCACUGAUUCGGAAAUUUCACCACGUGGUAUCUCAGCGCUUGAUGUCUCUGGCAUCCAUCCUAUCAUUUGCUAUCUUCUCAUGGAACAAAGAGAAGACAAAUUUCGGAUCACGGUAUCCGGCCGGGUCCUUGGCUCUAGGCUUGGCGGCGUAUUUGCUCCUAGGCUCUGCUUUGGAUAUGCUCGAGAGGCGCAUGCCUUCUCAUUCUGUGCCCUGUCGCCGCGGAACACUCGCACAGUAUAGCAAGGCGUUAGGCCAUUCGGAAACAUCCUGGACACGCGCUCUUUUUCUCACAACUGUGGUGGGAGGGGUCGGAUUAUUCUUCACAAUGCUCAUUCCGCCCCCAUGGUCAGCUUUAGUUCCGUUCAUACACAUCCUAUUGGAGGUGUGUUAA